AUGAAGCCAGGGGAAGGAGAGGGAGAGAAGGCCAUCCAGAUAGCAGCUAUAGACAACGGCCUGGCCUUCCCCUUCAAACACCCUGACGAGUGGAGAGCCUACCCGUUCCAUUGGGCCUGUCUGCCCCAGGCUAAAGUGCCCUUCUCCCAGGAGACCAGAGAGCUGGUGCUGUCCCAUCUGUCAGACAUGAACUUCGUUCAGGACCUCUGUGAAGACCUCUACGAACUGUUUAUGGUGGAUAUCCACUGCUAUUUCUGUCUCUUUCU